UAUUUUUAUAUUAAGGGAGUUGAAGUUUGCCGUGAGGUAUUCUGUUUCGCAUACAACAUCGGAAAGGAGAAACUAAAAAGAAUUGGUCGCUCUCUUGACAAUGAUGGAUUGAUUGCUAGGACUCAUGGUAAUACCAAAAGACUACCUCAUAAUGCAAUCACAUUUGAGGAGAGAACACAUAAGAAAAUUCCUCAUCUGCUAUGCAUCUGACAAUGCAAUGCCCGUUCCCGGAAGACUUCCAAACCACCGCAAUAGUAAAGUGUUGUUGUUGCCAUCUGAUAAAUCACAAGCAGACAUUCAUGUUGAAUAUGAAAAAAAUAGAGGGUGCUAGAAGCUAUGGCAUGAGUUGUGCCCACAUAUAGUCUUAGCUAAACCAAAAACAGACUUGUGUUUUAGAUGCCAAACCUUUUCUUUUAAUAUGUCACAAAGUGGUGCCCUUUCUGAAGAUGAUAAAAUGACACUUUUUGAUGAAUAUGAAAGUCAUGUUGAAAGUGCUAGACAUCAGAGGGAGCAAUAUAGAAUGCAGUGUGAUUACUCUAAAGUUACAUGUAGUGAAAACAUGAAGUUGAAGGUGUGCUUUGGUUAAUAAAUUUCUAUGCGCUAUAGUUUUAGCUGUCUUAUGUCAUGCUUCAAUAUUUUCUAGUCUAAAAAUUAAAAUAUAUGUUAAAUUCUAUUUAUAUUUUAGGUUCAGAGUCAUGUUCCUUAGAUGCAACCGUCCACUACAGCUGGGACUUUGCACAGCAGGUUCAUAUUCCACACCAUAGCCAACAGGUUGGACCCCUGUAUUUCAAAACUGCCGGAGGAGAUGUGAGGUAUUUGGAGUUUGCUGUGAAGGAUCUGAGAAACAGGUGUUUUGCCUGGGUGAGGCACAUGCUCAGUUCCACUUUGACAAUUGCCAAGGACAACAAAAAUAAUGCCGUUCUUGGUUAUGCUGUGUGGAGAACAUUGACAGGAGGGCAUAAGACAAUCCAAUACUCACUGAUGCUAGCCGGCCACACCAAAUUUUCAUGCGACUGGCAUUUUGGAGUUUGGAAAAACAGAAUGAGAUACAUGGAUGCAGAGACAGUUGAGGAGGUGGCUUCCACAGAAGCCAUGUCAUCCCGUAAUGGCCACAACAUUCCACAUAUUGUUGAUGGCAACAGCAAACAAGUGUCGUUCUAUGACUGGAGCACCUUCUUCAAAGGCAUUUUCAAACCAUUGAAAACAUUUCGAAAUACCAUUCAUUUGAGGUGUCUUCUAACGAGCCUGGGGUUUUAA